GAGAGGAGAGGGGAAAGAUAGCAAGACCCAGCUAACGCCAACACACUCCGCCUGUGUGUCGCUAAACAGACGCUGCUUCAACGACACUGGCGCUAACGAAUAAACCCAAUUUAGCCGUUUUCUUCCAGCUAAGAUGUGACUUCACGGCCGCUUCGUCGAGUGUGUUUCCCACGGCUGAAAUAUGUGCCGGUAGCUAGCUAGGUUACCGCGAAGACAAAAAGGGCAUCUGUGUGUCUUUGAGCCUAAUCUUCGGAUGAGAGUUUCUGUGUUGGCGAACGGCUAAAACCUCCCCCCCUCCUCUUGUUCGCUCGAACCACCCGGGUUCUGGUUACAGUGACAGCAAAGAAAGGGAGAGAAUAAACCCACCAAAGUGUCAAAAUGAAAUUCACAGAGCAUCUCUCGGCUCACAUCACCCCGGAGUGGAGAAAACAGUACAUCCAGUAUGAGGCUUUCAAAGAGAUGCUGUAUGCUGCUCAGGACCAGGCCCCAUCCAUCGAAGUCACAGAUGAGGAUACAGUCAAGAGGUACUAUGCCAAGUUUGAGGAGAAGUUCUUCCAGACUUGUGAAAAAGAGCUGGCCAAAAUCAACACCUUCUACUCUGAAAAGCUGGCCGAGGCUCAGCGGCGAUUCGCCACGCUACAGAACGAGCUGCAGUCCUCACUGGACGCUCAGAGGGAGAGCGCGGCUAAUGGGCGGGGCCUGAGGAGGAGGAAGACGGUGUUCGCCCUGUCGCAGCAGGAGCGAUGCAAACACAGAAACAUAAAGGACCUGCAGCUGGCCUUCUCCGAGUUCUACCUCAGCCUCAUACUGCUGCAGAACUACCAGAACCUGAACUUCACAGGAUUCAGGAAGAUCCUGAAGAAGCAUGAUAAGAUUUUGGAGACUUCGAGGGGGGCCGACUGGAGGGUGGCCCACGUUGAAGUGGCUCCCUUUUACACCUGCAAGAAGAUCACGCAGCUCAUCUCUGAGACCGAGGGAUUGGUCACAACAGAGUUGGAAGGUGGCGACAGGCAGAAGGCCAUGAAGAGGCUGAGGGUGCCUCCUCUGGGAGCUGCACAGCCGGCUCCUGCUUGGACCACCUUUAGAGUCGGCCUUUACUGUGGCGUGUUCCUCGUCUUAAUGGUCACUGUGGUCAUCACAGGAGCUGUGUUGAUCCGUAGCUCUGAUGUUUGGCCUAUGGUCAGGAUCUACAGAGGAGGCUUCCUGUUAAUAGAAUUCCUCUUCCUAUUAGGCAUCAACACCUACGGCUGGAGGCAGGCGGGAGUCAAUCAUGUGCUUAUAUUUGAGCUCAACCCCAGAAACAACCUGUCACACCAACAUCUGUUCGAGAUUGCAGGUCUGUUGGGGGUGCUGUGGUGCGUCAGUCUGCUGUCCUGCCUCUUCAGCGACAGCAUCCUGGUACCGAUGCAGGCCAACCCUCUGGCUCUCUAUGGCUUCUUCCUCCUCUUUCUCAUCAACCCCUUCAAGACCUGCUACUACAAGUCACGCUUCUGGCUGCUAAAACUCCUGUUUCGAGUGGUCACGGCUCCGUUUCAUCGUGUUGGAUUUGCGGACUUCUGGCUGGCUGACCAGCUGAACUCUCUGGGGGUGGUUCUGAUGGAUCUGGAGUACAUGAUCUGUUUCUACAGUUUUGAACUGGACUGGAAAAAACACGACGGACUCAUCAGCAAAGGUAAAGACGUGUGUAAUACUUACUCCUACGGCGUACGUGCGGUGAUCAAGUGUCUUCCUGCCUGGUUCCGAUUCGUCCAAUGUCUGCGGCGUUACCGUGACACCAAGCGGGCCUUCCCUCACCUGGUGAAUGCUGGGAAAUACUCUACUUCCUUCUUUGUCGUCACCUUCUCUGCCCUUUACAGCACACAUAAAGAUGAAUCCCCGGCUGAAGCCAAGAUCUUCUUCUAUUUGUACAUCGGCUGUUUAGUGGUCAGCUCAUGUUACACACUGGUUUGGGAUCUAAAGAUGGACUGGGGCCUGUUUGACCGCAACGCAGGAGAGAAUACCUUUCUGAGAGAGGAAAUAGUCUAUCCACACAAGGCCUAUUAUUACAGUGCCAUAGUGGAGGACGUGCUCUUGCGUUUUGCGUGGGUUUUAACUAUUUCCCUCACGACACUCACUGAUUUUCACGGCAUCUCUGACAUACUGGCUACAAUCCUGGCUCCAUUGGAGGUGUUUAGACGUUUCGUGUGGAACUUCUUCCGAUUGGAGAACGAACAUCUGAACAACUGUGGUGAGUUCAGGGCCGUCAGAGACAUCAGCGUGGCUCCACUCAACGCUGACGACCAGACCCUGCUGGAGCAGAUGAUGGACCAGGAGGACGGAGUCAGGAACCGGCAGGGCAAGAAGAGCUGGAAGAGGAGCUACAGCAUGAGUCUACGCAGACCAAGACUCGCUUCCCAGUCCAAGACUCGUGACACCAAGGUUUUGAUUGAGGACACCGACGAUGACUCCUGACAUCAGGCCACGCCCCUCGCCUGGGUCCAGAAUUUAUUCAAAGGAGGAAACUCCACCUCCUAACUGAGGAAUUACCCAGCGAGCGGGCGUUGAACUCUCAACCAAGAAUGAGUUUCAAACUCUCAUGCCUACGUAAUCUUCACUCCAAUGCAUGAGCCUUGGCUUGGGUUCAGAACUAUUUCAAGGGAAGAAACUUCACCUCUUGAACAAACAACCCAGCUACGUGGCCAUCCUACCUUCAAUAGUAACCAAUGGUGGGCUUAUCACUUAAACUCUACCUUACACAAGCAGUGGGUGAAAAACCUCUCUCCCUGACAUCAACAGCCACCCAGAGGUGGACUCUUUAACUACACCCACUCCUCAGCCAUUGCUUGGGCUCUCCUCAAAGCCUCAGCCUAGCAUGAACAACGCAGCUACAUGGAACUCAAGCUGAACAUCCUGAUAUGAAGUGUCCUGCGCCCAAAUGGUGCCACACAACCCCCACACAGGGAGAGGCCGACAACGUCAAGCCUACUGCUGUUCUUUAGCUAUUAGCGUCCUACACUCCCAGCAUCCAGGUUACGCUUUGACAGAGGCCUUGAAUAAAUUAUGUCCUAUUGGCACCUCAAGAGAUUUGAAGUCAAUCUGUAAUUUGAACCCUGGAAUAUACAAGAAGCCCUUUUUGCCACAAAAAGAGAACAUAAAGGGUUGGAAAGUGUCCUCCUCCUACUGCUAUGUUUAUGGUGACAACAGACAAUGCUGAAAAACAGCUGAUAACGCCAAUAGGUCACUGGCUUGACUCCCUUUGCUCUUCAGCUUUCCCCCUUCAAAUCAUCACAGAGCUGCCUACCUGCACCUUACACGCUUUAGAAAUAUACACAACACAGAAACACGCACUUUGUUGGAAAAGUGAAUCGGAAUGGAAUGCCUCUUGUGUGUUCACACACACACAAACAGUGAUUUUAAUUUGUUUUAUUGUUGAUGGACGUGAAACACUUGGCCAUUAUUCCUAUUGAGAGCCUGGGAAGAAGACACACAUACACAUAGACUAGCAAUUAUUUGUACUGUGCUUGUAAAUAUGAGACGGACCAAAGUAGAAGGAGGUGUGAAAACAUUCAGAAAAUAUCAAAUAGGAAAAAAAAAAAGAAAAAAAAAGUGAAGUGCUGAGCUCAGACUGUAUGGAACAGCAGCUGGAAUGACUGUUCAGCCAUGGAGCUGAGAAGGAUUUUUUGUUUUUGGAAAAAAGAUGAAGAUCAUCUUAUUCAUCCUAUGGUAACUCUCACUCGCCCUAUGUGAAGAAUAUCCUCCAUUGGGAAGUAGUUCUGCUGAAUGUAUGUUGACUUAUUUGUGCAUGUAUGAGUGGGAGAGAUUCCUCAAUACCACCCGUCAACUCGUUUAAGAUUGAAGAUGUGUUCCAAGGAAAUUUUUCUUCGUUCCCUGAAGUCUUGAUUGAAAAACUAAAGACUGUUUGAUUGGAAAGUGUUGGUUUAUAAAACACUAGUUCUUGUCAAUGAAACUGGUUGAUUGAAAUGUGAUGAUGAUGAUGAUGAUGAUGAAAAGAGAAGAGGUCACCUAUCUGUCACCUUCUGGUUUAAACUGUCACUGUCAAAAUGUUGGUAUAGUUCAACUUAAAUCCCAGUGAAGUGGCUCUUGGAGAGAAUCAGAUUGGCUACAUGCAGUGCCUAUAAAAAAGUAUUCAACCCCUUUGGAAAUUUUUCCCUUUUAUUGUUUUUCAACCCUGAAUAAUGGUCGAAUUUAUUUGCUGGUUUGACAAGAAUUUACAAAAUACACGUAGGUAUUCACCCCAUUCAAGUUGGUAUUUAUUGAAGAGACCUUUGGCUGCAGUUACAGCAUUGAACCUGAGUUAACAGCCUUUUUCAAGUCCAGCCACGAAUUCUUAAUUGGAUUGAGGUCUGAGCCCUGAUUUAGCCUCUCCGGAACAUUCACCUUGACAAGCUGCACCAGGUUGUCCUCCAGGAUUUCUCUAUUCUUUGCUGUAGUCUCUACCUUUACUAGCCUUUCUUGACCUGCAGCCAAGAAGCAUCCACACAUGAUGAUGCUGCCGCCACCAUGCUUCACAGUGUGGAUGGUAUGUUUGUGAUGAUGUGCAGUGUCUGGUGUCCGCCAACUGUAGUGUCUAGUCUGAUGGCCAAAAAGCUUGAUUUGGGUCUCUUCAACCAAAGAACCUAUACAUUUAAUUAGUUUGAUGUUAAACUGACAAUGAUUCAAGGUUGAAAAGCAGUUAAAGAGGAAAACUUCCAAGUUCGGUGAGGCCUUACUGUAGCCACUGUACAUUCUGGUGUAACUCAGGUUUAACAGGCAGUUACAUUUGGUUCAAGGAAAUAACAUGUUGACACAAAGUUAUUUUAAUACGUUGUAUGUUCAGUAUAUCAUAAUCUUGAUGAUAUAAUUGUGCGUCUAUUUUACAUCGUCAGAUGGCAGGGCAGUCAUCCUGGUAAUGGUAGUCCGAAACGUUUCAGUUGAAGGUCUCUGAACUUUUUCUUUUGGUUCUUGAAAAUGUUUAACCUCUCAUCCAAGAGGCCUCCACACUUGUGACUAGUCAGUAGUCCUGGGUAUUUGUUCUCACCCUCCAAAUCACAUGACUCAUUGCCAUUUAACAACCCUAGACGUAAAGUGUUGGGAGUGGUGAAACGGCCUCAGAGCUGUAAACCCCCUCCUCUGUUUAGACAUGGCUGCUCCAGUUUAACAGGUGUUUUUAUUCACUCCUCUCUCAAACCUUCUAUCUUCUCUGCCUAUCUUAUAAACAUUUCUGUUCUCAACGGAGUGUCCCUUAUCCUUUUAGAUGGAGGUGGACUGCUGAGUCUUGUCCUGAGGAGCUGGCUCUUCUGUGUUGUGCCAUGCACUUGUGGAACAGGUGUUUUGUCCCUCCUGUAUACUGGUCUGUUGACUCUGGUUGCAUUGAAGUGUACAUACACCUUGAGUCAUCCCUUUCCAGGCAGUUUCCCAACAGUUCACUUCUUACGUCAAGUAUGUCUUGGACUGUUAAGAAACUGUCAGCCUUCUAAUUGGGGUGAGGAAAACAUACCUGGGACUCCUCACUAGUCAGAACUAAGGAAACUUCUUGGGGGAGAGGCGAAACAUCUACAAGAACCAAAAGAGAAGUCUAGGUACCUUGUACUGAAUCAACUGAACCAGGUUUUUAUUUGACAUUAUUUUGAAUAUUCUUUAUUCCUAAUGUCACCUAUUUAACAGUUAAUGCAUACCCCAAACUUCCUCCAUGUUUACUUAUUGUCUUAAUACAUUCAGCAUUCUGUACAUUUCUACAGCAUUCUAGGAACAAACUCUGCUGCUCUAAAUUUCUCUUUUCCAAAAGAAAUGUUAGUUUCAUUUAACAGGUAAUUUCAGUACUUUCGCUUUCCUGGUUGACUGACGGCAGCUUAAGAUCAGACGGAAAAUGUAGAAAAGCUGAAAUGAGUAGGUUGAUGAAAUGGGACAGCAGAGUGGUGUAUAUAACAUGAAUAGGUAAUUCUUAUGGAGUUAGUACUGCAGAAAUGUACAUUUUACCCCAUCACUAUUUUCUUGCUUUUCUUUUUUACCUUUACAUGUUAAUUGUUCUGGCAGUUUAUGUGACUACCUUCAUUUAAAUACUGAUUUCUGUAUAACAAGUAGUAGUUUUCUAUUCUAGCUGGUGGUUCAGGGGGCUUAGCUGUGGCUUGACAGUUCUCAAUCAGCAAUAGGUUACACACAAAUACCAUCACAUCAUCUGCAUAUCGUUAAACUCAUUUCAGGAACUCGUCGUCAUUGCGUUGACACUGUUGGCUGUCGUGUUCAUCUUUGUCGCCAAACCAUUAGAGCCGCAAAAUAAAAUCUUCUGUUGUUGGCUUAAGAAGAGUAGUUGUAAGUAAAUUGGAGCAGAGGCUUUUCUAAAUGUUUCUAAUAGAGUGAGAUGACUUUCAUUGCUUUCUUUUCACAUUCCAAAAACAUGGUUGAAACACUUGCACUGUAUGUUGCUUGUUGGUUCAACAUCAGGUUACGAUGAGUUCUUACAGAAACUAUUAGAAUGUGUUAAGAUUUUAGUUUUCUAAUAUUUUUUAUUUAUCAGAUAUAUAUUGUUCUGCAUUCAUGGUAAUGAAUUAGAUGAUAGCUUGUGUAUGCAAUUUGAAGUGGUCGACUUCUGAUGUUCUCCAAAAAAAAAAAAAAUAACCCUGAUUGAAAUCAGUCCCCAGUGAGCAAUAAGAGUCUCUCAAGGAUUACAUGCACUUUAACACCAAACUUCGUUCUCCCGUGUUUUUGUCUUCUUGUUGAAGACCUGCAGAAUGCCAUUUAAUUUCCAGUUUAGUUUUAAUUUCUGUCAUCUUAGCUUAACAGUUGUUGUUGUUUUUGUUUAUUUAAAUAUACAGUUAAACAGCUAGUGCCUCAGAACAAAUCAUUUCAUGAAGAUAACUUGACUUUUGAAUCUUUUGAAUUGAUGGGAUUUUGGUUUAAGUGACAGCAAAUAAGUUACAGUGAACAGGAUAUAGAGGAUUAUAGGCCAUCAGUAAUGCUACACGUAUAAUGUCUCAUCAGCUGUGUGAAGUUAUUGUCCUGCUAGCAAUGAAGGUGAAUCAAAUGAGCUGUGGGUGUGCUAAUGACUGGUAGCAUCUUGGUUGGCUUGGAGGGCUCCACUUUCUCUCUUCUGUGACUUUUACAGAAUGAAAUGGUGUACAAUGGAGAGCACAGAACACCAUCUACACCAGCUAGGCCUGCAUGUGCAACCUCUACGUUAGCAAGUCCAAAUAUUUGAGUUAUUCAAUUGGCGGAAUCACUUUCUGGUGUGACAAGGCCUUAAAAGCGUCACCGUGUAGCGAGCUGAUAAGAAGACAAUCAGUUUCGGCAGUGCAGGAGGUAGCUCAAGGUUUCUACUUGUCCAGGGUGAAGCUGUAAACUGACACAAGCUUGAGCGAGAAAAAGUUGAAGUUUAAAGACACGUUUUAACAUCACCAAGCACCAUGCUGUCCCUGCAUGGUUGCACUUGUCCUCUUCCUGCUUUCAUUGUUGCAGUGAUUUUUCUUAGAAUACUGGUUUGACUUUGGUUUGUUUUGUUCAGUAUGGGUGAAGUUUAAAAAGCCAUUUUAAGACGUAAGAGUAGCUUUCGACAGCAUGUUGGUAUCACAUUGGACAGUGAACGCGCUACUGAGUUUUCUGCUCUUUUUAAAAAAAAAAUUUUUGCAGGUCAUGGUUUGUUUCUUUCACAAACACACACACACAUAUACAGAUAGCUAUAAAAAUGAGAGCAACAGGUUUUUCCUCGUGUACAUAACUGUCAAUCAAAGAACAUUUCUGUCUUUUUGCAAAGCGACAUGAUCGUUCCAUCCAAAGAGUACAGCGUCCUUUGUUCAGGACUUUUAUUUUGGUAACACCUCAGGUUCUCAUGUUGACACACAAAUUAGGUUAUUGCAAAGCCAUUCCUGCAUUACCAGCAGCAUAUUCCACAGUGACAGGAGAGUGGGAGAUGAGAUGUGAUUAAGAUUUGUUCUCAGGAUAUUGUGAGCACAUUUGCACCUUAACCAGUUAUUUCACACAGAAGCUUCCUGACUGCCUCUCACCCGCCUCCACUCCUUUUUCUCUCGACAGCCAUUAUUUUAUGAAAGCACCAUUUGAAACCUCAUUCCAAGAUUGUGUUUGUUUCUUACACCCAGAGAUCUGCUUUAUUUUCUGAAUGCGCAUCCAAAUCCAGGAAAUGGACCAAAUAAUGUGGUUUACCACAAAAGUCAUUUUCAGGUUUCUUUUGAUUAAUUUAUUUUUCUUUUAUUUCUUUUUUUUCUUUCUGCUUCAGUCAUUUUAACAUUUCAGCUGCUGGCAGGCUGACUAGGCUCUGACUGAUUUGAAGUUCUCUUCCUGCAUUCCAGAUGAUGACACACACUUCUGUUAAACAAUGAAAUACAGAUUUCCAGUAAAUAUGUUUGACACUGUGACAGACAGGUGACGUCCUCUUCCCUCUUCAGAUGAAAUCCAUCGGUAGAGAUUAGGCCUGGGUAUCAAACCUCAAUAUUAUUUUGGUAUCGUCAAAAAUGUGUCGGUAUCACAGAGAGCCAACGAUGAAUGUGGGUGCUCCAGUUUGUGAUUCUUGUUACUUGUUCUUUGUUCAUGUAGUUCCAGAUUCAACUCAAAAUGCUGCCAAUCUUGGGCAAAAUUGUUGUGUUUGGUAGACAUUUAAACAAAUGUGGAAGCCUUGUUAAUAUUUCAUCAUACAGUUUCUGAAACUUCUGCAUGGUAUUGUGUGUCGUAUCAAAAAAUGUUGAGUGAUACCCGGCCCUAACCUCGAGUGGUGGAAUCUGCUGGACCAAACACAUGUUCUUUCAGAAUGUCGGAGGAAUGUUUCAAUGUAACUCUGUCUGUUUUCUGCCAACUGAUUCCCAACAUGUCACUCUGUACUAACUGAUUCUGUCCAAGAGCUCGCUCAACCUUAAGAAAACUGUGGAGUUUAAUGUACUCACCAGAAAGCCGUGUUUUGGGACGACUGAGUGGUCACUGGCUUUAUCGUGCUGUGUUGGGGGGUGUUAUGCUGGGUUCAGACUGCAGGAUCAUCUUGUCUGAUAAGAUGUUAGAUAAACAGAGAUAGAGUCAUAAAUGAGAGACUAGAGAGACCACGUACUGGUUCUUCACCAAUCAUCUGUCAUUAAGAAGAAGGUGCAAGAGACCAACAUCCAGACACAAGAAGAUACUGACAUUGGACAGUGUGGGUCAUCUAAGCCCAUCUAUUGUGUACAGAAAAAAGCUCUUGGCUCAUUUAGAGCUAUAAAAGACAUUGUAUAAGUUGUUGAGUAAUGUCAGAGAAGGUUUUAAACAGUUCUUUCAUUUUGGUCUGUUUGUAAAACGUCAUGAUGUGUCCAAACUUCAUCAUCUGUUGUUGUCAACAAUGAUCCACUUCAUGAGAUAAAACUAUUGGUUGUCGAGGCUGAACUUUUCGGCGGUCAGACUACUUUCAAAAGUAUUUCAUUGCCAGACAUGCCUCCACUACAUUGUGUCAGCAGUGGAGAAUGGUCUGACUGCACCUCAUUAGUAGUCAUUUUACUAUAGAGGAAAAACUGUCUGGCUUGUUUAUAUUUCACUGAAAUGACCACAUUGAUCUUAGAUGGAGCUAAGCCCCGGAUGCAGCAACAGUGUCCCUGCAAAAUAGUUACAGAGGAAUUGUUUGGUGGAACAUUUGCAUACAUUAAAAAUGGGCAAUUCACUGAAAAAACAAGCAGGGCUGCCUUACUGUGUGAUCCAGAUGUGUAGCAAAACUUGGUGUUAGGUUGUUUCCUGUAGUGAGGGGGAUUUGGAAGACAGCAACACGCAGAUAGAUGAAAGUCACAUUACGUAGGCAGUGGAAAUGGAAGACUUACACCUGAAGGCUACAUCUGGCGAGUCAGACUACUCUCCUGCUAAUAUCAUGCAGUCUGAACCCAGCGUUCGAUCCACACAUGAAGGAUGAUGUCACGUUUCUGAACAGAACAGAGGGAUUUAAUGAAGUUGUUUAAAUAUGUUGUCACAAUCUGAAGAUCUCUGCAGAGGAAAUAACUCAGCCGGCAGCUCCAAGGUUACCUGUCUGCAGAUCUGCAAGCGUCAAAAGGAAAACAGGGUUGUUGCUGAAGCCUGAACUGAAGCUCAGUUUCCCAUGGCAACACUGUCCACUACUCCACAAGCCUCCACUCCAAGGCUUUUUAUUCUUCAAACAAAGCGUCAUGAAUUUCUGAAGCCUGACCUUUCAAAUCGUUUGUUGUUUGGUGACCCUGUGAGGACGCCGUGUGUUCUCUGGUCUGCCUGGAACACUUGCUGGUCAUCGGUCGUCAUCAUCAUCCGGUCUUCAUCGACCCACUGGGCCCCUGCAGCAUGGAGCCUCUCAGAGGAGGAAAAUCCAGGGACGUGAUUUAUUUUCCCCGUGUUUCACCGUCUUCUGAUGAACUUUGAAAGUAAUUUGACUCGGCUGAGAUACUCCAUGAUGUGAGACACAUGGUGCUCAGUGGCCCAAAGCUUCUCGGUGUGAAACAUAAAAUCGAUCAAAACUCUCCGACACACACAGUUGAAGCAAAAUUGAACCAGAGGACUUGUUGUGGUUGGUCUCCAUGUACCUGAACCUGUUCAUUUUUAUGAUUGAAAACACAAAGAGAGCAUUUUUAAUCCACAUUGUGACCCCACUGCAGCGUGACCCAGAGCUGUUGAUUAUACAAUACAUCAUUUAUUGAUGAAUAUGUUGAUUAGAAGCAUUGUAUAAUCGGUGACUGUGCUGUGGGUGUUGUCUUGUAUGUACAGUAGCAGCGUGAUGCUACAGAGGUGCCUGGUUCACCAACCCCUGUUACAGUUUUUCAGUAAAAACAGCUAAAGCUCAAAAA